GUGCAUGGUGUGUAACGGUAAGAAAAACCCUUAGCCCUACCCCAUCCUGCCGCAGGUACGACGGAGCUGACGUUAUUUGACAAAUGAAACCGAAAGUGGUAACAGCACCUCUACACCACUCCCACCAGCAGCUGCUAAGUCUCGUGCAAUAUUUUCGGCACGUUUUUACAUUUCAGCAGUCAGCAGAUUCCAAUAUUCACGUGAAUUUUGUCGUUUUUUCGGUCGUCUCUUGUGUCGAAUCACCCAGUAAUUGUUACAGCCAUGUGAACAUAAUGUAUUCCCAACACCGCGCCUAGCAGGAGAAUGAAUUUGCAGUGAGGUUGUUACAUCACGAACUAAUAUCCCAUUUAUACGUCAGGGUUUUAUUGACUCACUUGUUAAGUGCUUUCAAAGAAGAGGAUGAAAAAAAUAACAGGAGCAGUUUUGCUUGACGUUCAGUUUACUUAUUGAAGACGCAUCAAAAUAUGGAACAGUGUAUUUCAUCGCAGAUUUCUGGCCCAGCAAAGGUAAAGGUCAUCCCCUAACCUUUUGCAGUUUGUUGGGGGUGAGCUGUUAGAGACCUCCCUUUUCUCGGAGCCAGUUUUACGUGGAGGCAGUACCCAUCUCUCUCUCGCUGCCAACCUAUCCACCUCCCCAGCCCAGCAAAACCUCUCCAUAUCUCACCUCUUCCUAGACGCGCAAGUGGCGUUGGUCGAAGUGUGGAGUAAGGGAAGUAACCCCAGCUUCAUUCAGUGAUAUACAUGACAAAUGUGGUUGUUUCCCUUGAGUCAUUGUUCACACCUUCCCUGUCGAUAUGCACCAGUCUCCGCCGCUCAGACUGGUGGAAAGAGAGAUCGAGGGGGACCACGCGUAAAAGAUUAAAACUUUCCCGGGUAGUGAUUCAUCACCUUUAGUUUCCAGUACCCGAAGACUUAACUCUUUACGAUGUGUUUAAGGCUGUCAGCAGACGGUCAGUUCUUUGCGAUACACGCAAGCGGACGACCAUGCACCUCUUUAUCAUGCAUGCCUGAGAUGACCAUGCAACUGUUUACGUUUACAAGCAGACAACUAUUUGUUUUCCAAGCAACAUAGACGACGGCUGACUGAGCAUAUGCAUGUGGUGAAGCUUGCACGAUAUAUAUAUAUAGAGAGAGGAAAGAUCAUUGGACUCAAAGAUGAUACAAACCAACCUUCGACCUCUUCACUCAAGUGUUGACUACUUCAACGUAUCAAGACCUCGUCGUGACAGGGACAAUCUACACGAUGCGUGCACACAUCACAUCUCGACCUCUCUUUGAUACGCGAGCCUGAGGGAACACAGAUACAGUAGCUGUCAGCCAUGCACAGGGAUGCUUUUGUCAGCUCGCAUUCCCACUUGGACGCAUGCUCGAAGCAGUUAUCUGCUCGGAUAUUUUCUUGCCUGAGUGAGAUGACAGGUCCUUGCCUGCACGCAAGACCACAUCUUGUUCUCGCCCGUUGUCCCCACAGUGUCGUCAACAGUUGCUAUAUAGCGACAAAGAACACAAUAAAGGCUGAAGGUCAAACAUCUCCAUUGUUGGCUACAACUGAAAAUCAACUGUCUCCACUUUCCUUCACCUUCGUCUGCGGGGACUCGUCAAGAUACAUCAGCCAUUAGCAGUCUGUGAUCAGCUCCAGAGACAAUCUCAAUGGCAAGAAAAAGGGCUUCGCAAGGAAGACGAUCGUCUCCGACGAAGGCUUCCCCAGACAAGAGCAUCGAUUCAGGGUCUGAUGGUCGAGGGGAAAGUGCCUGGAAGCAGGGAAAACAGUGCAGUUGCGAGGUCAGUGGGUUUGGUGCUGCUUGUGUCCCUCGUGGUGGCCGCUGCGGCUUUACUCUUGUACCCGGAUGCCUUGGGCCUUGUGACACACGGCCAUGGGUCACCACAGGUCGCUGAAGAACAGGUACGAGUUCAAGAUCUCUCGCCACCUACCCACCAAUCAGAAGCCACGACGCAGUCUCUCAACGAUGAUGCCCACCAGACUCAAACCCUCGUGCAAGACGACACAGAGCAGCAAACGCCAGGCAUCUCCACUUUCACCAGGAAACCUGAAGGAGACCUCAUGGAAGGGGAAGUCGAGGAGGAGUUGAGAGGGCCGCUGGUGUCAGGGGAAUCGGUUUUACAAGCUGGAAGUGGAUGGUGAGCAGUCUGAGCUGCGAAUGCUGGACGAGGACCUGCCUGAGGUUGACUCCCACCUACCCGUGAAUAUCUCCAAACAGAAGGCUGCCGAUGGUAAUGCUCACACAGCGGAUGAAGUGGAGACUUCGACACCUAAAGAAGAGGUAGUAACACCAUCAAACAUUGAACUAAGCACAAAAGACAUGCCAGAGGUCGAUGCCAAGCUGAAGACAAAAGCUUCUUCCAGACAGAAUGCCGUUGAAGGUGAUUCUACUGACUCAGUGGAAGAACACGUGGCAUCAUCAAAUAGUGAGGUAAACAAAAAGGAUCUUGGAGUUCAGUCACCUGAAGUGAGACAAGCAGUCGAGGAAAAUCUUGGCGUCACUCAAAACUCCAAACCAAAACAAGGUUCGGACAAGAAAGAGACUAAGAAAACUACAGUUGGUGCUGGCAAGGGAGAUACUUCAAAGACCAAGAAAGCAAAGCAGACGACCAAAAAGAAAGAUGUGUCAUUCAAAGCUGCUGACAGCGGUGCUAAAGGCAGGCAGGCGGUGGAUGACGAUCUGCCGGAGGAAGUGCGUAACUUCAAGCCUACCUACCUGAAGACAGUGACGGCUAAAAAGAUUUUUGCAGACGGCCGGCGGAUCCCACCCAUUGAGCUGCUGCCACAGAAGGAAACCAACAGCAGUGUCAGAGUGUUCCUGUUCGACGAAUUCUUGUCGGAGGCUGAAUGUGAUGGUCUACGUCGAGCGCACGAUAAGCACGUGCAAGAGCUGAAGUCACAGACACCGAUCCUCUGUUUUGACAGCAUCACCACCUUACGGAAACACCUUAAGAACGCCAAGAAGAAAGUCAAGGUCUCGCCGAAUGACUUCGUUGAAGGUACUCGCUGCGUGAAUUCCACCUUCUCGCGACAGCUGGGGGAGUGGCUGAAGGCAAACUGGAGCUACAGUACGGCUUUCUACCCGGGGGAGUCCCCGUUUUCCUCCGUCUUCGCCAGCAGGGUCAACCGGUCCAUGGGUCUCAAUCCUGAAAAUGGCGGAAAGUUCCAAAUCACAUCAUAUCCAACCGGCAAAGCAUACAAAGAACACACGGACUGUGUUUUGGGUGGCACCGACCUCCGAGAUCGAGUGGCGUCGGUCCUCGUGUACUUGAAUGACGUUAAAGAUGGAGGGGAAACCAGGUUCCCAGAGCUGGGGAUUUGGGUAAAGCAGAAAGGUCGGGCUCUAGUGUGGAACAACAUGAGUCCCGAUGGAGUAUGUGAACCACACUCACGCCACGUGGCUUCUGUGGUUAACGAAGGAACGAAAUACAUCCUCAUCCGAUGGUACUAUUACGAGAACUUCUUUUCGCUGGGCAAACGUCCCCCAGCGCCCUCGUUGCCCAAGCGUGACGAAGGUCAGCCCCGCGUGUCGUGUGAUGAGUACGACAACGGCAGCUGCCGCUGGUACGACGAGUGGAACAACGACCACCUGUUGGACUUCGGACAGUUCACACGUAUCUGAGGCAACAGACUAAUAAUCACAAUAAAUGCGUGAUUUCUAUAGCGCAUACGCGUACUCACGCUCGAAGGAGGAUGCUCUUAGUGCUGGAGACAACAACGAGACAAGACAGCAUACGGAGGAACGGAAGGAUGAACAAUACCUACGACUAACGAAAGACAGAGAAAACGCAAAGGAAUUGUGUAACAAAAACUAAGAGUGAUUCAGCAGAGGAAGACGAGUAAGGAAGUAGAAAUAAACGGAAAAAUAGGGGAAGUUGGCAUGGCCGUACCAAUCCAGACAGAGCGAACGAACAAUAAAAAAGAACAAGAGAGAGAGAGAGCAAACGAUGAAAGGAAGAAAUGAGAUAGAAUUGAUAUCCAACAUGCAGUUUGUUUGUACCAGGCUCUAGAGUGUGGUAGAUGGACAUACUUAACACUAAAGUAGUGGACAUGGUUCCGGCCGGGGUCGUCGGGUGUUCAAAAAACGAAAGCAAAAACAUAUCACCUCCUGAUUUAAUUUUAUUUUCACUUAUGUGAGCAAUUAAGAGUCAGCCUCUGAAGAAAUUGGAGUUGUUGGCGACGGGUAUUGCAGCAGCUAGGAAUCGAAAAGAAGGUAGAGCAAGUAUUUAGUUACCUCCCUGGAACCAUGUUGAGGUCUUUGGGAUGCGUUCUUUCUCUCACACACACAACGCUUAAACAUCUUUUGUCUUAUUUUGUAUAGAAUGAUAAAAUUUUAUUUCUACUGUCCUAUAUUACCAAUCAGAAUGUUAUAGUGAUCAACAAAAAAUGUGGGGCUGGUGUGUCCCCAGACAAUCAUGUUUAAAAUGGUAAGCACAAGAAAGACUAGGCUUUUUCUCUCAAGUUACAUUUCACGUGCACUGCCUACUUUGACAGUAUUGUGCACAGAAAAAAACCCAACUUAUAAUGGCACAUUCGUUUGUCACAUCUAUUGUGCACUACGUUUUCAUCUGCAUUCUGUAAAAAAAAAGCCAGUUUUAUCAUUUUGUUAUGUUCUUUUAUGAUUAAAGUCUAUGUGAUAAACUGAAA